AUGAUUUUCUUCAGAUCAAAGAGGACAGGAGUCAAAGGAGAGCAGGGCUUUCAUGGGAAAGAUGGAAUAAAUGGAACAAAGGGUCAAAAAGGCGAAACCGGUCCGGCGGGUAAAUUACCUCAAGGUGCCGUCAAGUUUGGUGACACCGCUGAGAAAUGUACUCUGCGAACUGCUGGCACGGUUCGUUACAAUGUCUCCCAAAAAGCCUUGCAACUCUGCGAUGGAAGUGCUUGGUUGCCAUUGGUGAUCGGAGGGAAAGGUCACGUGGCCAAUAGACCUGGCCUUCACUGUAUGGAUAUCCUAAAAUCAGGUGGCCGUCGUGAUAGCGGACUGUACUGGAUCGAUCCAAACGGAGGCUCGACAGGUGACUCGUUCCAGGCUUUUUGCGACAUGGAGACUGAGGGUGGAGGUUGGACACUAGUAGCCACAAAGGUGUCCCCAAGCUUCCUAAUCAUCAAAACAGCAUUCUCAUUGUCAGCGGCAAAAACCACAGAUGCCGAUGCAGCGAGUCACAUCCACCCGAACAUGGGGGGCUGGGAGGAGGUUAUGUUCCGGUUCAAUGACGUCAAUACCAUCCGGGUUAUUUACAACAGGAAGGCGGGCGCUCCAAAUAAGGACAAAACAGACUUUGACAAGUUCUUAAUGGGGACAACUUACAAUACGAUCAAGAACAUCCACGGGUUUUACAAGUACAGCCCGGCAGAUCACAAUAAGAGGAAUCCCUCUUCUGGUUUUGCCACAAUAUCCAGGCUGCACUUCUAUUCAAAACACGGAAUAUCUGAAGCUCAUGUCGGCUCAGACAAGUGGAUUGACAUGUGGCAAAAUGCUGAUGGCUCAAACAACUACGUCACUUCCGACGACCGCCUUGCGCGUGGUACCAAGUGUAUCGCAGGCUACUGUUAUCUGAACAAACCAAUCUGGGUGAUGGUGCGAUAGAAACAAACUGUUGUUGAAAACAAAGAAAAGGCGUUGUUAAGUUUCUGUAAGGUGUUGGGAUUUUAAGAAAAAAUGCUGUUU